CUUCCGCUCUUGAGAAAAUUCUUGAAGAGUACAACAGCAUAUACCGUGAGUGGACAAACAUUCAGUACAACCCUAUUGACCCGGACGCAGAAAAUUCUCUGUUCCAAAGAGAUCGUUUAAGCUUCAAGGCCAAGACUGAUGUAAUGGAGCGCAUGGUAUCGUUUCAGUUUGAAAAAGGUCUUGAAGACACACAUGAUUUGCUUCUGGCAGGCUCUUUACUUCUUCGUCCUAUUAUCAAAAAGCAUGUUGAACCCUUGAUGCAUGUCAUUGUAGAUGAUUUUGAGGAUGAGAUCAUGUGCGUUAAAAAGGAAUUUAUCAACUUUAAAAACGUUUUUACGGUGCUCGGAUUAAAUGAGCUGCCCACGGAUGAUUGCUUUCCAAAGGUUUCCGGUGCCAUUUCGUUUCUGAAGAAGCUUGGGCAUCGUAUCAUUGGCUUGCACAAGGAGCACGAACUUUACGAAUAUCCACUUUUUGACAACGAACGCGGAGGAUACGUUUCUGAUAUUUUUAACAUUAUGGUGCAGGAAAUUGAUGAUUUCACGAAGAUGUUGUUAGACAAAUGGAUUGUUGAGUGCUGGCAGGGAAUCCAGCAAGAUAUCAUUUUAACUCUCCUUGAAAAAGAUGAAGCAAAUAAACUAAGGGUUAACUUUACUGAGCGACUUAUAUUUGCUCUAAAAGAUAUUAAAGUUGUCCGACUUCUUAGUUGUGAUGUUUCAGAUAACUUGACCAAAUUCUUCUGUCGGGAAGACGAGCUAUGGCAAGCUCGUAUUAAGCUCAUGAGGAUUGCAGAGUGGUAUAAUGACACAUUCGAGCGUGCACACCCUACAGAAAAAAGGUUAAUUGCAGCGGAAAUGAUUUUGAUCGAGGAACAAAUGAAGCCUUUACUCGAUUCUAUUAAGUGGAACGCUUUUA